AUGACCCACAAUAUCCGCUUCGGGGACACCCAAGAUCGCCACACCAGCGUCGCCAGUGGUUCUACCACUCCCGGUACUCAAUCGGCCAUUGAUGAUGCCAAUAUCCAAAGCAGUAUCGCAGCAAUAGAGGAGAAUCUACCAGAGUUCUUCAGGGUGUACAAUUCAAAAGUAGAGACCGGCAGCGCGCACACGGCCUUGUGCAUGGUCGACGGAAUGCAGAAGUUGUUUGGAAAAGACGCAUGGGCCUUGAUCAUGCAGCGCAUGAAUAACAUGUCUCCGUUGGCCGUGUUGGUGUACGCCUCCAACCCCAGCAUCUUCUUACUUGCAAAUAUGAGCCAACCUCCCGAUUCCUUCAUUGAGAUCGACCCAGUUUCCUUUUUGCAAAGAUUGGCCGCUGUAAGGAACAUAGCAGCUCUUCGCGGGAACCAGCCGAUUGUCACCGUACUUGGAAUAAUCGAAGACGAUUACAAAUACCGAGUCGAAACCCAAGAAUUAUUCAUCCGAGAGGAUUUGGUGGCUAUCGAACGCGACGAUAGGUUGAUCCAUAUUCACACAAGGUCGAAAGAUCACUUGCUCAAUCGAUAUUAUGCCGAUAUCGAGAGAACAGCUCUGGCGCCCAAACCCCGAAUGCCGACGCUAGGACUUCGGGUCCAUCGCAGCCACAAGAAGAGAACCCACGCGAUCGAUCCAGUGCAUCUCGAAGGGUACAAUCCAGGACUCGAGGUUCUCGCACACCAAGCGUUGCCGACUACUUCAGACGAGUCGAAGUUCCCAGGGUUGCUCCGGUCGCCGUGA